AUGUUGAUUAAGGAAUGUAUCUCCUUGAUUCAUAGCUCUGAUUGUUUGUCAGACGCAACUCAAAAUCAACACAAGAUAAAUAUUCAAAAAAAAUCAAAACCAGAUAGACAGACUACCUUUAAUAGUAAAAGAGAAACGAAUCAUGGAAACGAAUAUAUAAAUGCAGCCAUUACCUCGGAUCUAGGAGAGGUAUCUGUGUAUCUUAAGGACACAGAAGAAACAGAACUACAAUCUGAAAGCGAUGACGCUGUAUACAAAAAUUUACCGACUGAACAAUCCGUCUACAAGAUACCUAUUCGAAAUUUGAAGGAUGUUAUUAAUGAAAAACUGAAAGAUGAAGGUUUCAAGAAUGAAUACGAGAUUUUACCAAAAGGUCUUGUCCAUGCACACGUUGAAGGCUCAAAAGAAGAAAAUAAAGUUAAAAAUCGUUUCCUCACAACAUGGCCUUAUGAUCAUUCACGUAUCGUACUGAAGGGAAACGCAAGGACUGAUUAUAUCAAUGCUAGUUACAUUGACAAUUAUGACAAAGAAAAGGCAUACAUAGCAGCCCAAGGUCCUAAGAAAAAUACCGUCAGAGAUUUCUGGCAUAUGAUAUGGCAAGAACAUGUUGGUAAAAUUGUAAUGGUUACACAGCUGAAAGAGGGGAAAAGGGAUAAAUGUGUACAAUAUUGGCCUGAUGCAGUUAAUGAACCAAUGGUUGUAGACAAUUAUCGUCUCACAAUGACAAAAGAAAAAGAGCAUACCCUUUGUGUAUACAGACUGAUAAUGAUCUCCAACAAUACAGAUACGAAACAGAAAGAAAGAAAAGUUCACCAGUUUCAUUUCAUCCAAUGGCCAGACCACGGUGUCCCUGACAGCAUAAAACUGGUCCACUUUUACAGGAAAGUCAAAAGUGAACAUUGUGAUCAAAAUGGACCAAUGGAUGUACAUUGCAGCGCUGGUGUUGGAAGGACAGGAACAUUUAUUGCUACAGAUGCAUUAUAUGAGCACGGAAAGAAGGUCGGCUAUGUGGAUAUUAUGGAGUAUGUUCAGAUGAUGAGGAAAGACAGAAUGAAUAUGAUUCAAACACCUGAACAAUAUGAGACUGUAUUUGAAGCACUGCUAGAACUAUUUACAAUACCAGAAACGACUAUUCGAAAGAAAGAUUUCUGUAAAUAUAUUGAUGAUCAGGAAUGUAGGACAUUACCAAAAAACCAAAAGGUGUACAAACGAGAAUUUCAGACACUAGACAAUAUGAGGCCAUUGUAUACUGCAUCGAAUUGUAUCGCUGGAAACUUGAAAGAAAAUAUAUCCAAAAAUUCGUUAAAGAGCAUUCUUCCACAUGACAAAUUUCGACCAUACCUUAUGUCAUAUGGAAAAACAAGAACUGAUUACAUAAACGCAGUGAUUAUACCUGGAUAUAGAGAGGAAAGUCGAUUCUUCGUAACACAAUGUCCUAUGAAAGACACUGUUGUUGAUUUCUGGACAAUGAUAUAUGACCAUAAUUCCAGAAUCAUUGUGUUAUUGGACCAAGUUAACAAAAACGCAAAGUUAUGGUUAGGGAGAUCGGAAAUGCUAGUGGUCGAUGAUUUUAGCAUACUGCAAGAAGAAAAGCAUAAUGUGGAUGAGCUGGAGAUAGCAUUAAGUUAUAAGAAACAACCGGAUAAACGAAAAAUAAAUGUUUUUACGACAAGUGACUGGGAAGGUGCCACACUAGCUUCAACAAAGCUGAUGGUGGAUCUAUUGAAAAGUGUUGUUAAUUGUUGGAACUCACAGAAAUGUCCAAUUACGGUCGUAUGCAGAGAUGGUUGUUCCAAAAGUGGGUUGUUUGUUGCACUUUAUCUUAUUUUGGACAAAAUGAAAAUAGAUGAAGAGGUUGAUGUCUUUCAAGUAGUAAGGAAUAUUCAAACUAGACGUCCAGAAUUCUUGAAGAACUGUGUGUAG